AUGUCGUUGGAUUUGGAAGAAAACUCGCCACCCCUUAAACUACCGUUUGGAAAUGAAGAUGAACAGGAUGUUCAGGAUGCCACUGAUUUGGCUGCUAUGGGUCAUGCCCAGGCAUUGACCCGCAAAUUCGAUAUAUGGAGCAUGUUAGCUCUGGCAUUUUGUGUUCUUGGAACUUACUCAACUUUCGCGCAAGACCUCAGCAGCGGUCUCACCAAUGGAGGUCCCAUCACCAUUCUCUGGGGCCUGGUGCUGGUCACAGCCUGUAACCUCUGUGUAGCCUUCUCCCUGGGUGAACUGACUAGCAGCAUGCCCACAGCUCUUGGUCAAGCCUACUGGGUAUACCGACUUUGGCCCACACCCCUCGGUCGCUUUGUCUCAUACAUGUGCGCAUGGAUUAACACCUUUGGUUGGUGGACUUUAACCGCAUCCCAAGUCGCGUUCAUGACCGAGUUCCUGCUUGGCAUGAAGACUAUGUGGGUGCCAGAUUGGAAUGGUGUGAAUUUAGGCUGGCUAAACUUCGUCGUCUACAUUGGUGUAGUCUUCUUGCUCACCGUCGCCAACGUUGUUAGUUGUCGCAAGGAGAAGAUUCUACCUUGGUUCAACAACUUCGUCGGUGUCUGGUUCGGUGGUCUCUUUGUUGUUCUGUCACUCACCAUGCUUAUCUCUGUUGGCGUUAAGAGUGACCUCUCUUUCCAGCCGGGAUCUUUCGUAUUUGGAAAAUGGAUCAAUAAGACAGGCUGGAGCGAUGGAGUUACCUGGUUCACCGGCCUUGUCCAGGCUGCGUAUGGAUUGACUGCGUUCGACUCGGUUAUUCACAUGGUUGAAGAGAUUCCUGCACCACGUCGCAAUGCCCCUCGUGUUAUUUGGAUGGCUGUUGUCUUCGGCGCAAUCACCGGUUUCAUCUUCAUGGUGGUGUGUCUGGGAUGCAUUCAGAACCUUGACGCAGUCACAAACGCCAGUCUCCCGUUCAUGGAGCUUAUGAUCGAGACGGUCGGCCUAAAGGGUGCUGCUGUGCUCGUCGCCCUGUUCAUUUUCAAUGGAUUGGGUCAGGGCGUCAGUGUUCUGACCACGGCCUCGCGUCUGACUUGGGGUUUCGCCCGUGAUGGUGGUCUCCCAUUCAGCCGAUACUUCAGUCACGUUGACCCAGUGUGGCAGGUCCCCGCCCGGGCUCUCUGGGGCCAAGGAGUCAUCAUCGGCAUCGUUGGUAUUCUGUACCUGUUCGCCAACACCGUGCUCGAGGCCAUUCUGAGUGUCAGCACGAUCGCUCUGACUGUAUCCUACGCCAUGCCUAUCCUCGCCUUAUUAGUCGUUGGUCGUGACAAGCUGCCACCUGGUGGCUCUUUCAAACUCGGUCGCUUGGGCCCAUGGUAUAACUGGGUUAGCAUCAUUUAUUGCAUCAUCACCACUAUUUUCUUUCUUUUCCCUGGUUACCCUAAUCCAGCGCCGAGUGACAUGAACUACGCUAUUGCUGUCUUUGGUGUCAUGCUUGUCAUCUCCAUUGCGUUCUGGUUCAUUCAGGGUAGCCGUACAUACCUUCAGACAGAAGAUGCGAUCGCCCAGAUGGUGUACGCUCAGCAUUUGGAGAAUGCGGAGGAGGCAUCUGUUGGUUCUAGCACUCCAACUGAACAUUAA